AUGCUGCGCAACGGAAGCAUUCGACAAAGUCUACGGACUUUAGAUUCAUUCAGUUUGGCACCUGAAGAUGCUAUUAAAACCGCCAUAAAUACAGUUGAAGAUUUUGAAAGGUUAGUUGAUACUUUUGAUUUCUGUUUUUUAAUUCAGGAACUCUUUCAGAGAAUCAGAUGAAGGUAUUGUGAAUACUCGAGAUGCAAAAGAACAAGUUAUCAAUAAAGUUUCGGUAUUUCAACUUUAUCGAUAUUCAACAAUGUUUGAAAGAUUUCUAUUACUUAUUGGAAUUAUAGUUGCUCUUGUAACUGGAGCUGGUUUACCACUUAUGUCAAUUCUUCAGGUUAAUUUCUAGAAAUUGAUAAGAUUUUUAAUUGAAAAAUAUAUUUAGGGUCGUGUAACAGAUGCAUUUAUCAAAGAACAAUUCGCAAUCAAUGUUAACCGUAAGUUGCCAGUUUGAAAAAGAGACAGAACAAGGAACUAUUUUUAUUACAAUUUUUUGGUGUCAUUAAAAACGGAUCUUCAAUUUUUGAUAAGAAACAAACGUAAAACAUUGAAUCGGACCUCCGUAUCGAACCAGGAUUCAUAAUUUUUCCUAAAAGACCAAAGUUGUUUUCUUUAUUUCCGGUUAUUUUGUUCAAAUAUUCUGAAAAUUGCUGAGAUUCCUCGAUCAAAAACGAUCCACAACUUUUCAGACGAUCCACUUUACACCAACUACACCAAUACGGAUUUCUCUCACGAUGUAAUGGGAAUAGUUUGGGAUUAUGCAGCAAUGACAGUUGGAAUGUGGGCAGCUGGACAGAUUACUGUAACUUGUUUCUUAUAUGUUUGCGAGCAAAUGAAUAAUCGAAUGAGACGAGAAUUUGUUCGAGCUAUUCUUCGACAAGAUAUCUCAUGGUUUGAUACAAAUCAUUCGGGAACUUUGGCCACAAAACUUUUUGAGUGAGUUUUUUCAGCCGUAAAAAUCUCAGGAAAUUUUGGGCAACGAUUUAGCAAGUUGCUGCCCUCUCGCAACUUGCUAUCUCCUUGCUGCACUUUUAGCGGUUCGCGCGAUUCUUGCUGCAUUUUUAGGUUGCAAUUUGUGUCAUGAAUUUGGUCCAGCAAGUUGCGAAAUUUUUGCUGGAUCCAUUUUUAUUGAGAUGGAUAGUGGGCGGAGCAUUUCUUUUGAAAGCAUGUCAAUAGGCAAAACUCAUUUUUUGUCGGGCAGAAAAUAAUUAUAAAUUGAUCCCGAGGACAUCUCCACAAGUUAUUGAAGGGUAUUUUUAUUGCUAUGGCAUUAUAAUGCUACAGUACCACCAAUAACUAAAUUAAUUUUGAUCUCGACAAACUUUGUCUUUCAUAAUAAAAAAAAGAAUGAACCUCUAAUUUUUUUUCUCGAAAUUUGUUCGGCGACUUGCUGUUUUCUUGCCGUUUACGAAAAAAAAUUUCGCUUGCUAUAAUAGGCGAUUCCGCGGCAAACUAGUGUCCGAACCGCAUGUUUUAGCAAGCAGAAUCGCGCAUUCUGGUCAGCAAAAUUGCGAAAAAUCUCCUGAGAUGUGUUUAUUAUUCUGAAAAAGUUAUCUACCGCAUUUUUUAAUAAGAAAAAAGUGAAAUGACAUUUUUAGUAUUUUGUGGCCAUUUUAUAGUUACGAUAAAAAUAUUUUGAUAAUAUCUUGAACUCAAAAAUAAAAUCAUAAAUUACAAAACAAAAAAAAAUAUUUUCAGCAAUUUGGAAAGAGUGAAAGAAGGAACUGGAGACAAAGUCGGAAUGGCUUUUCAAUUUUUCAGUCAAUUUUUGACAGGAUUUAUUGUUGCUUUUACACAUAGUUGGAAAUUAACUUUAGUUAUGUUGGCUAUGACUCCAAUUCAAGUUGCAUGUGGAUUUGCAAUCGCCAAAUCAAUGUCAAUGUUUGCGAUGAAAGAAACGAAAAAAUAUGCAAAAGCUGGAAAAGUUGUAGAAGAAACAAUUUCAAGUAUUCGAACUGUUGUUUCAUUAAAUGGACUUCGACAUGAAUUAGCAAGAUAUGCAGCGGCUGUAAAUGAAGCAAGAAAAGCUGGAAUUUUAAAAGGACUUUUCUUGGGAAUAUCAUUUGGUGCAAUGCAAGCAACUAACUUUUUUUCAUUUGCUCUCGCAUUUUAUAUUGGUGUUGGUUGGGUUAUCGAUGGAUCACUUCAAUUUGGUGAUAUGCUUACAACUUUCACUUCAGUUAUGAUGGGUUCAAUGGCUUUAGGAUUAGCUGGACCACAACUUGCAGUUCUUGGAACAGCUCAAGGAGCUGCUUCGAGUAUUUUUGAAGUUUUGGAUAGAGUAAGACAAUUUAUUUUGAAUUUCUUCAAAAAUCCAGACAAUUUUCUAGACACCAGAAAUCGAUUCAAGUUCGAAAAGUGGUAAAAAAGACAUGAAAAUCAAAGGUGACAUCACUGUUGAAAAUGUGCAUUUUUCUUAUCCAUCAAGACCAGAUGUUAAAAUUUUGAAUGGAAUGCAACUUCGUGUAAAUGCAGGCCAAACAAUUGCACUUGUUGGAAGUUCAGGAUGUGGAAAAUCCACAAUUAUUUCCCUAAUAUUACGAUAUUAUGAUGUUGCUGCUGGUCGAAUUACAAUUGAUGGUGUUGAUGUUAGAGAUAUUAAUUUGGAAUUUUUAAGAAACCAAGUAGCUGUUGUUUCACAAGAACCAUCACUUUUCAAUUGUUCCAUUGAAGAAAAUAUCCGGGUAUGUUUUAAUCUUUUUUAUCAAUUUUCUCAGUCCUGAAAAAGUGAAAAAAUAGAAUCAAUGUUUGUCGAGUGAUGCUAUUUUUAAAUCACAAUUGCAUAAAUCAUCACUUAUCAGUUGAACUAAAAAAAAAGAUAGAUAAUAGGUUCAAAAUAUGGGGUAUUUUCUAGCUUGGACGAGAAGAUAUCACAAGGGAAGAAAUGGUGGCAGCUUGUCAAAUGGCAAAUGCAGAAAAGUUUAUAAAAACAUUGCCAAAUGGAUAUAAUACACUUGUUGGAGAUAGAGGAACUCAAUUAUCUGGAGGACAAAAACAAAGAAUUGCAAUUGCUAGAGCAUUAGUUAGAAAUCCGAAGAUCUUAUUGCUUGAUGAAGCAACAAGUGCACUUGAUGCAGAAUCUGAAGGAAUUGUGCAAGAAGCUUUAGAUAAAGCAGCAAAAGGUAGAACAACAAUUAUUAUUGCACAUCGUCUUUCAACAAUUCGAAAUGCUGAUAUGAUUGUGUCUUGUAAAGCUGGACAAGUUGUUGAAGUUGGAGAUCACCGAACUUUGAUGGCUCAAAAAGGAUUGUAUUUCGAUUUAGUAACUGCUCAAACAUUCACUGAUGCUGUAGAUGGAGCAGCUGGAAAAUUAUCGAGAGAAAAUAGUGUUCAAAAUCACAAUAUUUCUCGACAAGUUUCAGCCACUGAUGAUUUAGCUGGAAGAAUUAGAACAUCUACAAUGGCUUCAAUUGCGGGACCAGUUGCUGGAGAACAAAUUGAAGAAAAGCGAAUUGGAAAAAAUGAUUUGAAUCGAUUGAAAGACGAAUUGAAAGAAAAUAAUGCGCAGAGAACUAAUAUUUUGGAAAUUUUGACAUAUGCUAAACCACAUAGUUUAUAUUUGGGAAUCGGAUUAACAGCUGCAUUUAUCGGUGGAUUGGUUUAUCCUGUUUAUUCAGUGUGCUUCACAAGUUUCAUUAAUGUGAGUAAUUUAAUGGGGAGUUUUGGAGCCGGGGUGAUUUUCUCAGGAGAAGUGUCCGAACUUCUCACUGUCAGUUGAAAACUCAAUAUCCAGCCAACCGGACCGCACAAACCUUGACCCUAUUCCUCUUACAAGAUACAAAAUGUAUCCUUCUGUUUUGAUUUAACAUACUUAUAUUCCCUAUUUCAGGUUUUCACAACUUCUGACAAUCAACGUGAACGUGGUCAUUUUUGGGCAUAUAUGUUCUUAAUUUUGGCUCUUGCUCAAGGACUCGCUGCUUUCACAAUGACAUUUUUCAUGGGAAUUGCAUCUGAAAAUUUAGCAAUGGAUCUUCGUAACAAACUUUUCACAAAUGUACUUUCUCAACAUAUUGGAUUCUUUGAUUCACCCCAAAACGCUUCGGGUAAAAUCUGUACUCGUCUGGCAACUGAUGUUCCAAAUCUUCGAAAUGUUAUCGACUUUAGAUUUUCUACAGUUAUCACAACUCUUGUUUCAAUGGUUGCUGGAAUUUCUCUCGCAUUUUAUUAUGGUUGGCAAAUGGCUUUGUUGAUUGUUGCGAUCCUUCCAGUUGUUGGUUUUGGACAAUAUUUGAGAGGAAGAAGAAUGACCGGAGGAAAUGUUAAAAGUGCUGCAGAAUUUGCAGAUUCUGGAAAGAUUGCAAUCGAAGCAAUUGAAAAUGUUCGAACAGUUCAAGCUUUAGCGAAAGAAGAUACAUUCCACCGAAAAUUCUGCUCCAAACUUGAUAUUCCACAUCGUGAAGCAAUCAAAGAUGCAUUCAUUCAAGGAGUUUCAUAUGGUUGUGCUUCAUGUGUUUUAUAUUUAUUGAAUACUUGCGCAUAUCGAAUGGGAUUAGCAUUAAUUAUCACAAAUCCACCAAUUAUGCAACCAAUGAGAGUUUUGAGAGUUAUGUAUGCUAUUACAAUUUCGACAUCAACUUUAGCAUUUGCCACAUCUUAUUUUCCUGAAUAUGCAAAAGCAACAUUCGCUGGUGGUAUUAUUUUCGGAAUGCUUCGACAGAAAUCAAAAAUUGAUUCAUUAUCUGUGGAAGGAAGAAAGAAUAAAGUAUCUGGUCGAGUUGAUUUCAAAAAUGUUCGAUUCAGUUACCCGGAAAGGCCAGAAAUCGAGAUCCUGAAAGGUUUAACAUUCUCAGUUCAACCAGGUCAAACAUUAGCAUUAGUUGGACCUUCCGGAUGUGGAAAAUCAACAGUUGUUUCAUUAAUCGAAAGAUUCUAUGAUAGUUUGAGUGGUGAAGUAUUCAUUGAUGGAUCUGAAAUUCGAACAUUGAAUCCAGAAAAUAUAAGAUCACAAAUUGCAAUUGUAUCACAAGAACCAACACUUUUUGAUUGCUCAAUUGCUGAAAAUAUUGUCUAUGGAUUGGAUCGUAAGUUAAACUUAAGUUGAAAAAACAAGAUGAACCUUGAUAUCUUUUAGCAACAACUGUCAAUCUUGAUAUGGUUCAAAAUGCUGCCAAAUUGGCUAAUAUUCAUCAAUUUAUCACAUCUCUUCCAUCUGGUUAUGAAACUCGUGUUGGAGAUAGAGGAACUCAAUUAUCUGGAGGGCAAAAGCAAAGAAUUGCAAUUGCUCGAGCACUUGUUAGAAAUCCAAAGAUCUUAUUGCUUGAUGAAGCAACAAGUGCACUUGAUACAGAAUCUGAAAAGAUUGUGCAAGAAGCUUUGGAUCGAGCAAGAGAAGGUAGAACUUGUAUUGUAAUUGCACAUCGAUUGAAUACGGUUAUGAAUGCGGAUAGUAUUGCAGUUGUUAAUAAUGGAAUUAUCACUGAACAGGGUAUGUUGUCAUGAAAUCAGGAAGGAAUAUAAAAAAAAACAAAAACAAAAUGAACCAAUAAAAAUAAGAAUUUUUGACGAAUUAAUUUUGAUGUUCCCUCUGAACAUUCUCAAUUGCCACGUGGAAUUUAAGAAAAUUAUACCCUAAUUUUGCAACCAAAAAAUUCAAUCAAUUCUAAUUUUUCAGGAACUCAUCAACAAUUGAUGUCACAAAAAGGCGCCUACUUCAAAUUGACACAAAAACAAAUGACCGAAAAGAAAUAG